CCUGGGUCAGCUGGUGCGGCGUCAGGCGAAGGGAUGGGCUGGCUCGGCUCGACCCGGCGGGACUUGUUUACUAUGGCUGAUGAUCUGGAGCAGCAGCCUCAAGGCUGGCUGAGCAGCUGGCUGCCCGCUUGGCGCCCCACUUCCAUGUCACAGCUGAAGAAUGUGGAAGCCAGGAUCCUCCAGUGUCUCCAGAACAAGUUCCUGGCCCGAUAUGUGUCCCUCCCGAACCAGAACAAGAUCUGGACGGUGACUGUGAGCCCCGAACAGAAGGACCGUACCCCCCUGGUGAUGGUGCAUGGCUUUGGGGGUGGCGUGGGCCUUUGGAUCCUCAACAUGGAUUCGCUGAGUACCCGCCGUACCCUGCACACCUUCGACCUACUUGGCUUUGGGAGAAGUUCGAGGCCCACAUUCCCCAGGGACCCAGAGGGAGCCGAGGAUGAAUUUGUGGCCUCCAUAGAGACGUGGCGGGAGACCAUGGGCAUCCCCAGCAUGAUCCUCCUGGGGCACAGCUUGGGGGGGUUCCUGGCCACCUCCUAUUCCAUCAAGUAUCCUGAAAGAGUUAAGCACCUCAUCCUGGUGGACCCAUGGGGCUUCCCUCUUCGACCAACUGACCCCAGUGAGAUCCGCACACCCCCAACCUGGGUCAAGGCCGUGGCCUCUGUCCUGGGACGUUCCAAUCCGCUGGCUGUUCUUCGAGUAGCUGGGCCCUGGGGGCCCGGCUUGGUGCAGCGGUUCCGGCCUGACUUCAAGCGCAAGUUUGCAGACUUCUUUGAAGAUGACACCAUAUCAGAGUACAUCUACCACUGCAACGCACAGAACCCCAGUGGUGAAACGGCCUUCAAAGCCAUGAUGGAGUCCUUUGGCUGGGCCCGGCGCCCCAUGCUAGAACGAAUUCACUUGAUCCGCAAAGAUGUGCCCAUCACCAUGAUCUAUGGGGCCAACACCUGGAUAGACACCAGCACUGGCAAAAAGGUGAAGAUGCAGCGGCCAGAUUCCUACGUCCGGGACAUGGAAAUCGAGGGUGCCUCGCACCAUGUCUACGCUGACCAGCCACACAUCUUCAAUGCUGUGGUGGAAGAGAUCUGCGACUCGGUGGAUUGAGCGGCUCUCUCCAGAGGAAGAGGAGAAAGCCAGAAAGUCACUCUAGCCUCCCUGUCUGCUUACUCACCCCCUCUCUCCUUUCCUCUCCAACUAACAUGUGCCAGCCAGGCAGAGUCUUGGGGCUGACCUCAGGACAGGACCACAGUGAAAACAGAGCUCUCCGGACCCACGCCAGGACUGGAGCCAGAAGCCACAAGAGGCCUUGCACUCCCAACCAGGGAAGCAGAUAAAGGGUUGUCCAGUACCACCCAAUUCUCUCCAUGCCACAUGUUACCCAGGUGGUGGUUAUGAAGGGGUGAUUAUACUGAGCCACAUUCCUUCCCAAUGUAGACUUUCCUUCCUUCCUAGCAGCCUUCCUAGCUCUGGAAUGUUCUUGGGGAGUAGGUUCCAUGCAACAACAUCUUCCUCAGUCACUCCACACACCCUGAUCCCAUGCCAGGUCCAUCCAGGUUCCGGCUGGGACCAGUUCACAUUUAAUUACCAAGAGCAGAGGAUGGAGUACCAUUCACCUGCAGAAUCCCUUUUGGAAGACAGGAGGUCAUACCCAAAAGACCUCACUGGCAGAUGAGGAAACAGGCCAGGGCAGGACAUAGCUGGCCCAUGAUGAUACAGCUCCAUGGGAGAUUCAAGCUCCAGCAAAGCUCAGGCAUGAACCCAGAUCUGCUGACACCCAGUGCUUAUGCAGCCUGGAUUUCUGCUAAGUUUCAAUACAGGCACCAUUGUCAUGGGGCCAUCAGGCUGGUCAGGGUCAGCAGCCAAGGACAAGCCCCUGCUCCACAUGCCAGCCCAUUAUUCAGGACUGCUGUUCUCCUGCCCUAUCAGCCCUGGCUGCCUACGUUGGGGACCCUCUACUACUUUCCUCCUCCCUGCCCCCGCCUUUCUUCCUCCCAACUAGGAGGCCUCUUAGCCUCCCUCUGUGCCUUGGGCCCUGGAGCCCCACAUGAAGUAUUGAACAAAGGUGGCUCCUGGCAGGGUAGAGAGGGGAAAGGCCCUUCGCCCAUCAAUCCCAGGGCCAAGUCUGGAUUUUCCAUGCCCACUGCUGUCUGCAGCAUUUUUCUACCUACCCUCAGAGCUAAGGCCCACCAUGAGCCCUGCCCGUGGUCCAGCAGGGAGCCUCAAGCUAGCGGUUCCCUGCCCUCAUCAGCCACAGGUUGGUGAUCACUGCCUGACCAUCAACUCCUGCCACCUUUUCCCAUGGUCUCCAGUUCAUCUCAUUCCCCUCAAACUACACCUAUUGGCGCUUUUCCCAGGGCCAUUUCUGGGUGCUGUUCUGAGAUUCUGGGCAGUAGGCUGGGCCUGGUCCCAGAUCCAGGACAGCUCCUGUGUGCCCCUUCACUUUUGUAAAGCCAACCUACCCCUCACCAGAAUAGUAUUAACCCCUGGUGCUUUGUGCCACCGGUCCAGCUGCCUAGGGCUCCUUUUCUAUAUUAAUAAAGAAAUGAGUAAAAA